AAUGUCUUCAAGCCAGCAAAUCAACGCCACCCCUGCUCAGGUGCAAGCCACCACUGAAGGUACCAACAUCCCCAUGGCUGUUACCUUGACAACCGUUUCUGCUCCGGUUUUGCCAUUGGGACUAAGCUCGGUUUCAACACCCAGCAUGGUCAGCCCAUUCACGGCUCCCGUCCCUUCCGCUGGGCCGAGGGUCACUUUCCCACCAAGCAUGGCUCAGUUCAUGAAUGACCCCGCCAACCUGCAGGCCAUCCAGGGCUUUGGCUAGGUCAUGGCUAUGUGCCAACAGAAUGGGGGGAUGCCUUUUCUCCCUGGUAUGUUCCCGUUCGCUCUCCCAGGUGCGGGAACCAUGCCCCUACAAGCUCCAAUGGCGGUGUCUCCCUUCCAAACGCCAGUACCGCAACCAUCACCUUUCCAGCCGCAGCUAGUCAGCGCUGUGGCCCCCAUCAACUUGACUGGUGCGCUUAACGCCGCAGGGCCCUCGCGUCCCCCGCAAGGUACGAAUCUGCUAAUCACUCCGGAUGGUCACUGCGUCUCGGUUGAAAGCGGAGACGACGAGUGGGACAUUCCAAGGACCCACAAGAAAAAGAAGGGAAAGACUAUCCGCCCAGCAACUUCCCGAAACUCCGCCUUCGAAAGGCUGGGGGAAAGGGAAGAGGGCCAGAGAAAAUCAGCCAAGCUAAGGCUGGGGCAAAGCGUUGCCCAUGUCAGCGCAUUCGCCCGGUUAGGCGAGAUGAGGGAGGCCGAGCCUGCCCGCACCCAACGCUCCCAGUCAAACCGGCAGGAGCCAGCCAGGACGAGGGCCUCUCGCCAGGAGGAAGAGGCAGAAAGCCAACCCAGGGUACCGGUGGCUAACCGGUUAACCACCCCCAAUGAUCGCGUCCAACAGAUGGAGGCAAAAUUGGAAAGGCUGGAGAAGAAGGUCGGGGAGAAGAAUGACCGGGACAAACCCCUCGCAGGGUCCCCGUUCACCACAAGGGUCCAUCUGACACCUUUCCCGCGAAAGGUUAAGAUAGACGCCCCAAGGUUCACCGGUAAGGAGGACCCAGAAAUCCACCUGGACUCCUUCAAUCAGAGUGCAACCAUGAACGGUUGCACAGAUGAAGAAAAGUGCCUCCUUUUCUUCCAGACCUUGCGGAAUCGAGCCACCGAGUGGUUCAACAAGCUUCGCCCGGGAAGCAUUGCCUCAUUCAGCGACUUAGCCUCGAAGUUCAAGGCCAAGUUCCAGGAGAACUGUACCAAGAGGAAGAAAUUCACCUAUCUUAGUACAGCCGGGCAGAGGGAAUCUGAGAACCUCACCCAAUUCCUUACUCGGUGGAAGGAGGAGGUAGACAAGGUUGAGGAGAUGGAUGACAAGACAGUGUUGUCCCUCCUCCUGAAUGGUUUGCGAGCUGGGGAACUUUACAAGGAGUUCUGCCGGAAACCCCCGGCCACGUAUCAGGAAGCAUACCAUACUGCAUGGGAGUUCGCAGAGGCAGAAACUCAACUCCGGGCGAAGAAAGAAGCCGAGCAUGGUUACAAGCCCAAACCGGUGCAAGUCAAGAAGGAAGAAGUGCCGGUACCCAGCCGGCCAAGGCACCACUAUGACCCGGUAGUCCGAGUGGUCAAUUCAGAAGAAUGCCAGGAGAUCAGGAAAGCACCGGUCAAUCCCCCGGACAAUCCUACCGGUCAAGCUGGGCGUCAGUGGUCGGGCACCUAUUGUUCAUACCACAGGUCAGAUUCCCAUAGCACUUCCGAAUGCAAGAGUGUUAAGGGGGUAAUCCGGCAGAUGAUAGACAGCGGAGAACUGGGCAAGGAUUAUCUGCAGAAAGCCCAGGAGAAGAACCAUCAAUGGGUAAGGCCAGCGACCCAGGGAAAUGACCGGGACAAUGACCGGCGGAGGAACAACCGGCAAAGGGAGCAACAACCAGCCCCUGACAAAGAACAUAUUGGGAUGAUCUUUGGCGGACCCGAAGGAGGAGAUUCAGCCGCGCAGCAGAAAAACUGGGUUCGUAGCAUUUACGUUGGUGAGGUGAAUGCCGAACCGGCCAGGCGUAAGUAUCUCAGGAGGGAGCCAAUAGUCUUCACUGACCGGGACCUCCCUCCUACCGGUGAAGAUCACAAUGAUCCAUUGGUCAUCACCAUGGACAUCAACGGGGUGGACGUCGCCCGGGUACUUGUCGACACCGGCAGCAGUUUCACGGGAAACAUAGUGGAAGCUGAGGGGUCCAUAGUUCUACCGGUCGAACUAGGAUCGGGCGAAAAGACCGUGUGGAAGAAGAUGCGGUUCAUCGUUGUGGACAUCAAAUGCGUCCACAACGCCAUCCUUGGAAGGCCUGGCAUUAACAAGGUCGGGGCGGUGAUUUCCAUGCCUCACCUGUGCAUGAGGUUCCACACUCCAGGUGGUGUGGGUGAGGUGAAGGGCGACCAGAGGAACGCCCGGGAGUGCUACGCCCGGGCAGUUAAGAAGAUGACCAAGGGAGUCAACGUCAUCUCCCAAGAAAUCACCAAGGGAGAAACCCGGGAGAAACUGGAGCCUGAAGCUGAGACGGUGGAGAUUGAGCUUCACCCGGGUGAUUCUUCAAGGAUGGUCAAAAUUGGGGCAAACCUCCCAGAAGAUCUCAAGGCAGAGAUUACACGGGUGCUCCAAGAGUACGCGGGCAUAUUUGCAUGGAGCGUGGCAGAUAUGCCCGGGAUAGACCGCUCAAUCAUCUGUCACCGGUUGGCAGUAAGGGAGGGAAGUCGACCGGUACGCCAGAAGAAAAGGUACCUGGCCAGCGACCGACGAGACUUCGUCAAGAAGGAGGUGAAGGACCUCCUUAGUGUUGCAGAAUUGAUAGGUCGAACCUAUCCUAGGAGGGCUUCCCGGGUGGAUCGGAUCCACUCGGAUAAGCCAACUGAGACACAGGCCCGGACCUGGCACGCUGGUUACUACACCGGUCUUGCUCAGUAUAAUAGAAAAAAUAUAAAACCCGGAAGAGGGGCCCGGAAGAGGGUAUGCCUGCAAGAGGGCUGGACCUGGAAGAAGGUUCGAACCGUACUUACACGGGCCCAUGAGGUUUGACCAGUGUCAGGGAAUCAGCCGGCGCCGUCAAACUGAGUGGGGACUAAAAGAUGCCCAUUAAAAGAAAUAGAAGGGGAUCGUCCACCGUGGCGCAUCCUAUUUCCCCCUUCUCAGGGAAGACUUGAACGGGGGGUGAGCUAAGGCCUUCCCGGGAUGGUAGAAAUCAAAGGGCCAUUAAAAGACUUAAUCACCU